CCCUCCCUCUCCUCUGAUAAACAGGCAGGGCUGGAGCUCUGGGGCAAAUCCCAAUGUCUCACUUGUAUUCACUCCAGUCACUGGCCGGCACCCCCCGAGCACCGUCCUACUGCCAGGCCAAUGGGUCGGAAAGACUGUGAGAAAUCCCAGAAUUUAGCCGGAGGCUCGGACGCCCUCUGUGAUGCGGGAGAGGGGAGGAGCCAGGAGCCAAAGAUGGAAGACAGGGGGCAGUGGAGCAACAAGGUGGAGUUUGUCCUCUCAGUUGCUGGGGAAAUUAUCGGAUUGGGCAACGUCUGGAGGUUUCCUUAUCUCUGCUACAAAAACGGAGGCGGAGCCUUCUUCAUCCCGUACCUCAUCUUCCUCUUCACUUGUGGGAUCCCUGUUUUCUUUCUGGAGACGGCACUUGGUCAGUACACCAGUCAGGGAGGUGUCACCGCAUGGAGGAAAAUCUGCCCUCUGUUUGAAGGUAUUGGAUAUGCAUCUCAAGUGAUAGAAGGCUACCUGAACAUCUAUUACAUUGUUAUCCUCGCCUGGGCCUUGUUUUAUCUGUUCAGUUCCUUCACAGCGGAGCUUCCCUGGGCAUCAUGCAACCAUACAUGGAACACAGUAAAUUGCAUUGACUUCGUUGGGAAAUCAGAGAACUAUACGGCCCUGGAGAAUUCUACGUCGCCCGUUGUGGAAUUCUGGGAGAAUCGGGUCCUGCGUCUGUCAGAUGGGAUCGAACACCUCGGCAACAUUAGGUGGGACCUGGCUCUGUGUCUCCUUCUUGCCUGGAUUAUCUGUUACUUCUGUAUUUGGAAAGGGGUCAAAUCCACAGGAAAGGUUGUAUAUUUCACUGCGACGUUUCCCUAUGUAAUGCUGAUCAUUCUGUUGGUUCGUGGAGUUACCCUCCCAGGAGCAUACGAGGGCAUUAUUUUUUAUCUGAAACCGGACAUCACACGGCUCCAGGAUCCCCAGGUCUGGAUGGAUGCUGGGACACAGAUCUUCUUCUCCUACGCCAUAUGCCAGGGGUGCUUGACUGCACUGGGAAGUUACAAUAAGUAUAACAACAACUGUUACAGAGACUGCAUUGCCCUUUGCUUCCUGAACAGCAUAACCAGCUUUGUGGCCGGGUUUGCCAUCUUCUCCGUUUUAGGGUUUAUGGCCCGGGAGCAGGGGGUCCCCAUUUCAGAGGUGGCUGAGUCAGGUCCAGGCCUGGCUUUCAUUGCAUAUCCAAAAGCAGUCACCAUGAUGCCUGUAUCGCCUCUUUGGUCCUGUCUCUUCUUCCUUAUGCUCAUCUUUCUGGGACUGGACAGCCAGUUUGUCUGUGUGGAGAGCCUGGUUACCGCCAUUGUAGACAUGUUCCCUCAGGUGUUCAGGAAGAAAUAUCGCAGAGAAUUGUUUAUUCUUGCAGUCGCCGUGAUCUGCUAUCUCUUGGGUCUCAUUCUCUUGACUGAGGGUGGUAUGUAUGUCUUCCAGCUCUUUGACUAUUAUGCUGCCAGUGGUACCUGUCUGCUCUUUGUUGCAAUAUUUGAAGUUGUCUGCGUGGGUUAUGUCUACGGAGCAAAUACAUUUUAUGAUAACAUUGAAGACAUGAUUGGUUACCGACCAUGGCCUCUGGUGAAAUACUGUUGGCUCUAUGCUACACCUGCAGUUUGCAUGGGGACCUUCCUGUUUUCUCUGAUCAAAUAUAGCCCCCUGAAGUACAAUAAUCGCUAUGUUUACCCAUCCUGGGGAUAUGCUAUCGGAUGGCUCAUGGCACUUUCUUCCAUGAUCUGCAUACCAGUCUAUGCCUUUUAUAUCAUCUUCAGGACCAAAGGAUCCUUUAAGCAGAGACUGAAGCAGCUGGUGACCCCUAACACAGACCUUCCACAACCCAAGAAGUAUUUCACCGCCCUUGCCGAUCCAAAGCACAUAGAGGUUCUAGGCCUGGAAGCCAAGGAUGGACUCAUUGUGCCUAACAAAGAGACGCAUUUUUAAAGGUAUAUCAACAUCUGUCACAGCCUGGUGCUAUUCACUGCCUGGAAGCCUUGACAUUGGCAGCUCAAUGACAUCAUGGGUGUAGGUAUGAAGGAGAGGGAAGUCUCUGCAGUUCCUCUGUUCCUCCUUCAUUUUCAAGUUGGUAAACCCUUGCUGCUUCAUUCUAAAGACUGCAUAAUAUAAAAAAGAGACAUUUAUCUUAUAACCUAGAUCCAAACAUAUCAGAAUGUUCUCAAUGUUGUGAAAGCUCUAUUAUGGAACCCCCCCUCCCCUGAGGGAUUCUUUUGGCCCUGUAUUGGCAUCAAGCAACAACUCAGGAUUGACAGUAUUUCUGCAAUACUUAUGGGCACCCAACACCAGUGUCAGACUGGCCCACCAGGAUACCAGAAAAACUCCCGAUCAUUUUGACUAUCUAUUGGUUAUUCCCUAUUUCUUCAUGGGAAAAAUAGGCUUAAUAUUGAGGACUAGAGCAUAGUAAGUAGAUAUAAAAGACUAGGAGAAUAAAGAGAUUAAAUCAUGAGAGGAAUAAUAGUUUGGAAAGUGGGUCCGCGGUCUACGGUUUUAUGGUGGGCCCCUGGCAUCCCAAUCUGACACUGCCCAACACCAAAUCCAACACUGUUCCCCUAGAUGAGACCUCCCUAGAUGAAAACUUUAUAGUGGUCUCCUUGCAAGUCAUAUCUCUCACUUGUAUUUAGCCACAUAAUAUUACUGAAUUAGUAAGUUUGCACCAGGUCUAGUAAGCCAUAGCAUCCAUUCAGAUGUUGAACAAAUGAUUGUGCCAUGAGCUUCUAGACCCAUUAUACGAGAAACCCCUUAGAAAGCCAACUCAUCAUUUAUUUGAAUGAGGUCUUUUCAUAUAACCUGCCAUUUUUAUUAGUUCUUUGGGGUCUUUACUUUUGACGAAACAGAACCGAAAGACUCACUAAAUAUAUUAACUUCCAUGGUGGAACUUUAUGUUCAAAACAUAUACAACUGUAUUUUGAUUACUCUAAAAAGCCAGAAAAAUUCAGGGCAACAUUUAUAUGGCGUUGAAUUUAAUUUGCCCAAAGACAACAUAUUGAACUUAUCUUUCCAUAUCUCUAGCCCACUACUUGCAGCCUGGAAGCACUGAACUAUUUCUGGUUUGCAGAAGCCAGGCUAGACAUGAUCUCCGCCACACCAUUUUUAUUCUCCAUUAAAUCCGUUGCAUGGGACCUUGUCCUCCCUGAAGACCAUUUUAUGGCCUGUGACAACUGCAAAUGUCUCUUCACAUCAUAUCAAUGUAAAGCCACUCAGCCAAGGACACUUUGAUCCUGCAUCUGGUGGGACAUCAAAAGGAAAGCUCUGCACAUUUCAGCGAUCUGGAACAGAGAUGUUCUUCCAUUUUCACCAUUUAGCGGCACAGUAGGUGUGAACUUACUUCUGCAACAUCAAGAGAAAUCGAAUCACUGGGAAUAUUAUAACCUUAGCAAAUGUAGCCAGCUGUGGUUCAAGCUCAGGAUGUGCAUUUUGAAAGGCGCAGACCCUGAAGGCUAAAAAAUCUUGGGGGCCGAUUCACUAACUUCGAGUGAAGGAUUCGAAGUAAAAAAACUUUGAAUUUCGAAGUAUUUUUUGGGC